UGAGCAACACGUCGCCCUGCCUCAGUUUUCGCCUCGCGAGAUUUGGCGAGUUUGUCCUUGCUGCUUGCAGGCUCUGGAGCAAUGGGCUACUGGGACGUUCCAGAGGGCACAGACUGCGUGCAAAAAACAUGGAUCACGACCAAGCUGGCCACAACUCUGGGCCUGGUGGGCUCAGCCUACCACAUCGUCGCCUUCCAGCCCGAAACUGCAAUGGAAGCUGUGCAACGGGCCGGAAACGUCACCGUUACCAUGGCCGCGAUGGGCGCCAUCUUUGGGAUGGCGACGUGUCUCAGCGCUCAGGCCCGUGAAGCUCCGGACGAUCCGCUCAACUAUUUCGUAGGCGGCUGCGCUUCCGGUAUCUUUCUGGGGGCCAGGACCCACAGCGCGGCAACGGGCACAUCGGCGUGUUUGGCUUUGGGAACGCUGGGCUUCUUUGGCAAAGUGUCCAAGACGGAGGGCUGGAGACUGAUGGGACCUCCCAAACUGUGAGCGGUGCAGGAACUUUUUUAAACGCGUCCUCCCGUAAGAGUGCAUUCUAAAGAAAUAAAGUUGUGUUGUGACAAAGUC